UUUUGAGAAUCACUUCUUGUCGGGUGCCGACAGAAUGUGACCAAAGUUGCCUUGCAUACGGCUCGGGCGUCAGUUCCACCGGCGACCUUCGUUCAUUUGGGACGUCCCACGCGCCAGCAAAACUUGCCAAGAAGCAGCUACUCAGUGUAACUGCCCGGAAACGAGGCAAUCACCAGCAACCGUUCUCAAACUCAAGAACAAACAUCUGGAGGAAGAGAACUAAAUCAAACGUGUUUCCAGGAACAUGCAACAGAGGGAGCUGCAUAGAGAGAGGCGAACGGGUUGACUAAGUAUAAAGAUUAUUGCGAAAUCAAGAGGACUAAAGUGAGUGAAGACGGUUAAUCAACUCGAUUGUAACUACCAAGGGACAAGUGAAAACUCCUAGGCCAUGACUGAGUGAAGACAGGGGAAGAGCCUGACUCAAACGUCUACAGGAGGAAUCACCGACCAUCGGAGCUAAUCUGGAACACGAUGCCGUAUGCCUAACGAGUGGAACUCGAGACAAAGACGAAUAAUCGCAUUUAAAAGAGACAGAAGACGACCAAAAGGCUUGAACACAGCAGACAUAAACAGCAAGGAGCUGCAGUGGGAAGAGAUGACAGGACAUGGCCAAAUGCAAUUGUGAUGACAACAUGGCAGAGGUGAAUGCACGGCAACGACAUAUGAAGACAUGCAGUGAAUAAACAAAAUGGACGGCAGUGGUGGAACGUUACAACUGAGCUAAAAAAAGUGUUAGGGCAUUGCGACAACAGAGUACAAACGAGUCGCGUGGAAUAAAAGCGAAAGUCCGAAAGUAGUCAUUCUGGCUGAAGACUACUGCUCGGGCACGAAUCUGCGGUGCACUACGCCACUCCUGGAACACGCGAAGGAAAAUGGCAGUUCCCAACUUUGCCGUGCUGGACUACGUCGUGCUCAUGGGGUUCCUGUCGCUCUCGGCCGGCAUCGGCAUCUUCGUUGCGUGGCAAGACCGUCGGAAGAAGUCCAGCAAGCACUUCAUGACAGGAAACAGGCAGCUCAGCUGGCUGCCCGUGUCCCUGUCCAUGAUGGCCAGCUACCUGUCCUCUAUCGGUAUCCUUGGACAACCAUCGGAGGUGUUCCUCCGUGGCUCGACUUUAUGGAUCAGCGCCAUAUCUUCUACUGUGUCCAUCGUUGUCGCUGCUUUCGUAUUCCUUCCCAUGUACUACAAGAUGGACAUAACAAGCAUAAAUGAGUACUUGGAGAAGAGGUUCAUGUCAAGGGCCAUCAGAAAUAUCGCGUCUGUCGUUUUUAUAAUGUCAACGCUGCUUUACAUGGGCGUUGUGCUCUACGGCCCUGCUCUGGCUCUUGGAUCGGUGACUGGCAUACCAGUGUGGUCGUCCAUCCUCCUUAACGGCUUCGUAUGCACAUUCUACACCGCCAUAGGCGGCAUCAAAGCUGUCAUCUGGACGGACGUGGUUCAAAUGGUGCUCAUGUUCGCCGGAUACAUCAUGGUCAUCGUCUCGGGCCUUCAACAUUUGGGAGGCUUUGAAAACAUGUGGCGGAUCGCCAGCGAUGGAGGUCGAGUGAUAUACACCAACUUCAGCACGAGCAUGUACGAUACCUACACCUCGUGGAACGUGCUGCUCGGCUACACGGUCAUCUGGAUGGUCACCUACUGCUCCAGCCAGACGCAGGUGCAGCGCUACUCCAGCAUGAAGUCGCUCGAGCGCGCGCGCAGAGCUCUGCUUCUCAAUAUCCCUGGCGUUGCUGGGAACCUGCUGUUGUCCGUGCUGUCGGGAAUGACACUCUACGCCGUGUACGGCGACUGCGACCCCAGGCUCACCGGUGACAUCGACAAGGCUGAUCAGCUGAUGCCGUACGCUGUUCAAGACCUGCUGCGUGACUACCCCGGACUCAGCGGACUCCUCGUGGCAGCGGUGCUCAGUGGCUCCCUCAGCACACUUUCGUCGGGUUACAACGCCCUGGCAGCCGUGACCUGGGAUGACUUCGUUCGGCCCAGGGUCAACAUCAGUGAAGGCGCCACGCUCCGGCUCACGAAGGCAAUGGCCGCAGCCUAUGGCCUUCUCUCCAUAUCCAUCGCCUUUCUGGCUGGUACCAUGGAAUCUAUUAUGCAGGCUGCAUCGUCCCUGGUGGGAGCCCUGUCUGGUCCUCUUCUGGCCAUGUUCGUCCUGGGCAUCUUUUUUCCAUGCUGCAAAAAGAAGGGUGCCAUUACGGGGAUCCUGGCGGCACUGGCCACGUCUUGGUGGCUUUCCUUAGGCUCCAUCGUGAAUCCGCGCGAGGCGGACGACUUGCCCACGUCCACCGCCGGAUGCGCUGACUUCAACCAGACCAUCACGGCAGGCUCGUACGACCCGCCACCUAUACCGAGUGGAAUAUUCCGGUUCUACCACAUCUCCUUCGUCUGGAUCGUCACCGUCGGCUUCACGACGCACAUGGCGGUUUCGCUGCUCGUAAGCCUCGUCUUCGAACGCAACGAGAAGGAAGAGGUGGAUCCAAAGUAUAUCUGCCCAUUCGUCCGGCGGUACAUGAGCAACUACGUCAGGAAGAGCACUGACAAAGUACUCAAGGAGUCACAGCCAAUGAUGAACGGAGUUUCACCGACAGAACUCAAUUGGCUAAGUCCAGAUGAUCAAUAACAGGGAAUCCUGAGUGCGUCGGUUUCGUGGCCCGGUUGCUUGCACGGUGUUGCUGUCGGCGUAGAGUCCAUCGAACAUCUCUGCAUAUGUACCCGCAUAUGACGAUCAACGCAACCUUCUACUGCACACCACGUUAGAUCACCUGGAUUCAAGAUGAUUCACAGCGAAAGAAGCACUUGGACCGGGUUCACGUGCCUCACACGCGCAGAAAGCGUCACACGUGCAUCACUGCAGUUCCUGAAAGACCUCAGUUAGUGACUCUAGUUUCAAUGUGCAUCUCCAGAAGAAGUGACAGCCUCAGUGUUCUCGAUUCUUUCUCUCUCUCUCGUUCUUUCUUUCUUUCUUUCUUUUUAUCCUCUAACUCACUGCUUAAAGGGUAGUAAACCGGGCGCGUGCCUGGUUGACCUCGCGGACUUUUCUUCGCUUUUCGAUCAAUGUCAGGCGAAAUAAACAAAAAGAAAGCAAGGUUAUGUGCUUGCGUUAGGAAUUAAGAACUACCUCAAACGCGAUAUGCAGCUGAUGAAGGUUGGGAUUUUAGACUUGUUGAUCAUCGCGAAAGCGUUCAGUGUAAUUACGAUCAGCACAAGGACACAGAAAAGAAACAGAACGUACAAGCAGGGCUAACUCCUAAAAGGUAUACAUUACCGGGCAACAACGUACGUCCCCGCACGUUCGUCACAAGACACGUGUUCAGCGAAAAAAAAAGAAAAAGAUAACAAAUGAGCGCUUAUAGUACAAGAAUUGCAAUAACAGCUUGGCGAACACAAACACAAAAUUAUUGGCUCAUUAUUUCAGAGAGUGAAUGACACGAAAUUUCUUGGUGCUUAUCUAUAGACAGUUAGUCGUCAUUGCACACACACGUGCAUUAAAUAGCCUUUAAUAUGUACAAUCAGAUGCCAAUUUCAUGCAAAGGAAGACAAGUAUUUCUUCUACGCACUCUUUUAACGUUCUACCACUCCUUUAUUAAUUCCCACCUCACAUAUCCCGUUGCAGUCUAUGGCCUCUCCUGCAGCUCAAGACUAGUUCAAUAAAAGUUGCACAAAACACUGCCUUACCUGCAAUUCGUUUUCUGCGCAGGCAAGGUUCUGUGAAGUUUGCCUGCUUACAUUUUAAGCAUUCAGCCAAUCAAGGCAUGUAUUAUGUAUUGUGUGCUCACCAAGGUUCAUAAAAUGCUAUACGACAUUGCUUACUGC